ACGAUCCCAGAUCAGUAGCGCGUUGACCGUCGAGAUGCCGAGAUUGUUGGGAUCGCGGAGCAAGUGCAGCAUCGUUGCAGUGCUCCUGGUGAUAGUGCUCCAGGCUCCGGACAGAUCGUCGGCUGUCCCACAAUCGAAAAAAUCGAAUCCCAGUGGGAUUUCUAGUCCUAGUCCCACCGGCAAUGGGGGCUACUGUGCCGCCUCCCUGUGCGAGUUGUACAAUGGAACGCAUGUGGUGCAAGUGCCGCACAUAGCUUGUGGCAACAACGGAAGCUUCGCGCCAGCCUGUGGUCCGGAGCCCAAGCUCCUGGAGAUGAGCGAACGGAGGCGCCAGCUCCUCCUGGACAUGCACAAUCUGGCCCGCUCCAAGAUCGCAAUGGGGGACCUGGACGGCUAUCUGAGUGCCGCACGGAUGCCGCUCCUUCGCUGGGACCCAGAACUAGAGCGGAUGGCCGCUCUUCACGCCCGGCGGUGCCAGUUCGCCCACGACAAGUGCCGGAACACGCCCCGGUUCCCCUUCAGCGGCCAGAACAUCGGCUACUUCUGGAUCGGACGCGAGUUCAAGUCACACUCUAGGAGGAUGAAGUCCUUUGUGAUCAACUGGUUCCGAGAGUAUCUGGACGCCAAUCAGACCUACAUCGACAGCUAUCAUCCACAUCCUCAGGGAAAAAAGAUCGGACACUUCACACUCCUGGUUUCCGAUCGAGUUCAGCGGGUGGGAUGUGCCGGAGUGCGCUUCCUGGAGGCCAGGACCAAUCGCUACCAGUUCAUGCUGACCUGCAACUACGACUUCAACAACAUCUUCAACGAACCCAUCUACCGAACGGGUCCGGCGGGCUCCAAAUGCGACCAGCACCGGACCAGUGAGAAGUUCCCGGGACUCUGCGAUUGGCGGGAUGCCGCCACCGACAACGAGAGCGAAGAAAGUGCCGAGGACGGAAACGCUCUAGACAACAACAUUCCCCUCUAGAAGGGUCCAUGAGGAGGACUCGUAGGAUACGGUUCUAUAUUAUACGAAUUCUAAUACGAAUUCCCCCCUUUUUUUUUGGUAGGAUCUAAGAAAACUCGAAAUUUAAAAACGUAAAUUGGCAUCGUUGUUAUUCAGAGGGUGCAUCUUUACAGCUGUGGUUGUUGUUAAAAGUAUCAAAAUAGUUUGAUUAAAUAAUGAUUUUAAAACUUA